AGUGAUAUAUAUUAUUGAAGUUGAUGUGUGUAGAGAGAAUAGAACUAUAGAUUCAAACAUAUCCCCUUCUCUCUUUUCUUUCUUUCUUUCUUUCUUUCUCCUUUUCAUCUUCCAAAUAUCCACAUAAGAGAACAAAUUAAAACCUCUUCCAGAAACUGAUGAUAAGGUAUAUAUAUAAAUAUAUAAAAUAAGGCACAUACAGCAGAAGCUUCACAAGAAUAUGGCUUUCUUCCCAGCAAAUUUCAUGUUACAAACCCCACAUCAUCAUCACCAAGAUGAGCAUCAACCUCCACCUUCACUCAACUCAAUCCUAACUUCAUGUGCACCUCAAGAGUACCACCACGGAGCAGGAGGAGGGUAUCUAGGGAAGAGAUCGAUGUCAUUCUCAGGGAUAGAGGUGGGAGAAGUGGAAGGAAAUGGAGGAGAGGAAGAGGUGUCAGAUGAUGGAUCACAAGCAGGGGAGAAGAAGAGGAGGCUGAACAUGGAGCAAGUGAAGACACUUGAGAAGAGCUUUGAGUUGGGGAACAAGCUUGAACCAGAGAGGAAAAUGCAGCUUGCAAGGGCUCUAGGCCUUCAACCUAGACAGAUUGCAAUUUGGUUCCAAAACAGAAGGGCCAGAUGGAAGACAAAGCAAUUGGAGAAGGAUUAUGAUCUUCUUAAGCGCCAGUUUGAUGCUGUUAAAGCUGAUAAUGAUGCUCUUCAAGCCCAGAAUCACAAGCUUCACACUCAGAUAAUGGCACUGAAAAGUAGAGAACCAACAGAAUCAAUAAACCUAAACAAAGAGACAGAGGGAUCAAGCAGCAACAGGAGUGACAACAGUUCAGAUAUCAAGUUGGAUAUAUCAACAAGGACACCUACUACUACUACUACUACUUCAGCCAUUGACAGUCCUCUAUCCACUCAUCAAAACAACAACAAUAACAGCAGAACACUGUUUCCAUCACCAUCAAAUAAUGCUGCUGCUGCUGCUGCUGCCACUGCCAGGCCAACAGAAGUUGCACAGCUUUUUCAAACCACUCCACAUCAUCAUCAUCAUCAUCAUCACAUGGUCAAAGAAGAGAGCUUGAGCAACAUGUUCUGUGCCAUUGAUGACCAAACUGGCCUCUGGCCAUGGUUAGAGCAUCAAAAUUUCAAUUGAUCUAUAUCCACCCUCCUCCAUGCUUUUACUUUUACAUUUCAAGGCUUCAAGAGAAAGAGAGAGAGAGACUGAAAGGGGUGCUAGCUGUUGAUAGAUCAAUUUGCCAUGCUGGUUAGUCAUCAGUUUCUUGGAUUAAACCCCAUGUUUUGGAAAACUUGAUGCAUUGCAUAAACAAGGAGACUAUAUUAUUAUCAUGAUCAAGUAGGAUUUUUUUGCGAUUGGGCUAGACAAAUUUUUGUAUAAAAGGAAUAAAGGGCUAGUCACCUUUUUUCUUUUCUUUUUUAUUUCACUCAAUCAACUGAAUCAGUUUUCUUCAAAACUUUCAGAGUUAAUGACAAGAUUUCCAACU